AUGGCUUCCUCGGGCUACUAUGCCGACAAUCCCCAUUUCGACCACGAUCCUUACGAUUCGAGAGAAGCGAACGACUUGUCUGCUGUCUUUCAGCGUGAUACUGAUGGCUUGUCCUUAGCGUCUCCCGAAGGAGGGAGUGAGAAGACACGUCUUUGUUUUUCCAAAAAUCCCCUUGCCGGAAACACAGAGUGCCUGAUGUCUGUUCCGACAGAUCGAGACACGACACCGCACUCUCCGUCUUUUGCCUCUUACGACUCUCCAUUCUUUCCCGCUUCAGUGCUUACCCCAAAUGGUCCGUCACCUUUCCAGGCGUUUCCGCCUGCGGGGGAUUCACAUCCGGGCCGGGGAGACAAAAUACAUUCGUUACUUAAGCGAAGUUGCGAAGAUGACCCGUCAUUUACUUCCAAGCGUUGUCACCGUGUGCAGUUUCCCAAUGAGCAUACAGUCGGUGAGCAGGACGUGGACACUCCAGAGGCGCCUGCAAUGCCACCGGUAACUUCGGCGUGUCCGCGCUCGCCGUUUUCUCUACCGUCCCGUGUUCUCCUGUUUUUCUCAUCUUUUAUUAAGGAAGCACUUGUGUCUUCGCUGCGGCGCAUUGUUGUCGGCCCUUUUUUGAAAGAUCUUGACGAACAACAACUCCACGUAGCCCUCGGAAAACGACAGGUCAGCGUUUCCCAUGUUCAGGUCCAAACGGCGGCAGCAAAUCAGUUGCUUUUGCAAUCGGGCAUUCCUCUACAACUUCGGGAGGUUUACAUAGAACAGAUUCAGUGGUUGGUUCCGUGGCGCCUGCGUCUCAAGGGUGUGCACGUAGCCAUCGAGCUGCUUGCGCCCGAAGAUCAAAGGCAGUCCGCUGAGGAACUUUCUGACUAUGGUGACAGCUGCGUGUGCCCCGACUGUGGAGGAACCAGACAAGACCAAUUCCUGCAGUCUGGAGACGCUAACAAGGGGCAGGCUUCAGGGAGGGGGGAUGCAGCGGCAGCGGAACUUAGCAAAGAGGGUGCGAGUCGCCCAACAGGGAAGGCAGUAGAAGGUACCCAUGAGUACUGUGAAACUACAGCGACUUGCUAUACAGUGGGCGCUGAAAAUGAGACCACAGUGAAUCGUGCUUCGGCCGAAAAGGAAAAGAUAUGGUUGCCUUCGUCGUCACGAGGGUAUCUGCUUGAUCCACCACAACGCAGCGAUGGACGCACUGCCCGUCGCCGCUCGCAGUCCCCUCGUGAGAAGCAGCAUUACCACGGGCAUGCACAUCUGCGACACCGAAGUGAGGUGUGUGACUCUCAUCAGAGGUCAAGUACCCGCCGAAUUUUUUCAUCCUCUUCAUCGAGACAGACUGCGGGGUUCGUCGGCAGAGGGGGACAGAACGAAGGAUCUCAACGUGGUUCAGUUGGCCUGGGAGGGGGUGCCGGACUGGGUGAAGGAGGUUGUACGAUGGAUGAUAUUCUCAAAAUGCUCCGAAGAGCUUUGCACAGCGCUGUUGGGGCACUUGAUGUUUCUGUCGAAAAUAUCACUGUCUCGUUCUUCAUACCGUUCCCCACUCGGACGGUCAAACGUGAGAGUGCCUCCACUUUCCCUCAGUCAACACCCACACUUUAUACCCGAGUGUCUUCACACACAGACAGCACACACGAAGAUGACCGUCUCUCAGGCCACUCCCCGUCAGGGGGUCGGGGCUGCCCUCGCGCCUUCGCAGCCGGCAAGACAGAAAGACCAGCACGAGUUGGUACGAGAAGCGGCUGUGGUAAAACGUUUCGAAAUCCUGGAGGAGGGUCCUGCCCAGAGGGGGGUGCGAGAAGAGCAUCUGCAAAGCAGGGGCAGUUUGCACGGGAUUGUGACAAACACGGAGGGAUGAGAGAGCGAGAGUGUGACGAGAACGGCGUCGUUCGAGGCUGGGUGCUUCGACUGCAUGUCGAAUUGAUUCGCGUUUGUGAGGUGGACCAAGAUGGGACUGCAGUGAGUGUCCAGAUCGACGGUUUGAGCGCAUCGCUCCUUUCUGAUGCUGCAUCGGUGUUCUGUCGCCGACCACAAUCAGAUGCGAGUCAGACGUCGCCCCUUCAGGAGGGAGGCGGUUUCACUCGAAAGGACGCGACAGAGAGAAGUUGGACACAGUACUUCAGAGGGCACCGUUCGCAGGCACAGGAGCCGAAUCGACCCACUGGCCUCCAGGACAGAGCCAGACAAGCUUGCAGUGGCGCUGCACCCGGAUACCCGAAGGCGAAAGGGCCUCACCUGCGAGACGGAGUACCGUCUCUUCUGGAGUCGCGAUCUUGGGACCUUUCAAAAGAGAAGCCUCUCGACGAAGAUCGUUCCUCGUUCUACCUCGUGCACGGCAAGUGGCUCGACGCACCUGGCGACCUCCUGUUUGUCACAAAACCACCGCUUCGUGGCAAGACGCCGACACUCUCUCCUUCCGUAUCACCAGGUGGCGUCAAAGGUUCAGCAACAUCGCUCUUCUCUGCCUAUUCGCUGCCUCCCCAAAAGCCAGCUUCUCACGGUUAUACAUCCGAAGUCCCUGCACCGCCAGCGACGCCAGGUGGCGCUCGACAGAACACCGUUUCAAAUUCCGCCCGCGCUCCGAAUCCUCUCCUCGAGCAUUUCUUCCCUGCUGCCUCCCGCCCCUCUGUUGGAAAGACAACGCUCCUUUCGGCAACAACGGGGAAUCCAUCAAGUGACGGGGAAACAAGUCUCCCACAGAGACAAGCGGACCGACCUUCAGGCCUCAUGACUUCCUCGCCUGAGGCCUCAGGCCGGCUACGCGCGACGGGUGGCGUGACGGUCCUCACGGGGGCAGAUCCACGCGUUUCUCGUAGGCCAGAAGCGGCUGAGGCGGGAUGUUUCGUGGGGUCCUUUAUUCAUGGGGAAGGCGUGCAUGCACCUGGCAGGACCGUGACGGAUUCAGCCUUUCUUGGACACGGAGAAUUGAGGCCUCGCGAAUUCUCCGUGGAUGGGGUUGGCCCGGCGAAUGAAGAUCGAGAGCGACUGACGAAAAAUGAAGGAAGCUUGAGUAGAGAUGCCAUGUACAAGACGUCUGCGACGGGAGACCUGGAAAAAGCGGCUGUCCCAUCUGACGGAGAAGACGAUGCAGUCAAAGAACCUUCCCCUUACGCGAUAUGCGGAGUGCUUCACAUACGGCCUAGUAGGAGGAUUCGGUCGCCCCUUGGCGCGGCCUCUCCCGUCUUUAAUCCGUUCGCAGCCGCAUAUCCCGGGCAGAGUCGCCGCGCGCCUGCCUCCUUCGCGUCCCUUCCCGCCCCUGUGUGCGCAUGCGUCGCGAAGGCCCUUCUGUCAACGUCGCCACACCCAAGCGCUUUCGAGAACACCCAUGCAGGUGGCAGAAUGUCUCUCUCUCCGGAGGCGUCUCCACUUUGGGGGAGUGCAGCGGCGACAGAGCUCGGGUCCGGGGUCUCCGGAGAAGCACACAGGUCUCAGAGGACGCCGAAGCGCGAGUCCGCAUCCCCUUACAUACCUUCCGUUUCGUUGUCUGUUUUGCCUGUCUCGGCGCGCCACUUGGUCUCUGACUCAGGAGACCUGAAGUCGCAGUUCCUUUCCUCUUCUUACGGAGGAGAAGAAAUGCCAACUACGCCUCUAGGUGCGGCGCCAGGCGUUUCUUCUUCACGCCCUUCCCACACGCGGCACCCCGCCGUUGUAGCUGCCAUUGCCGCCGCCCUCAACGCGUCACGAGCGUCCUUCGCUGGCGAAGGAAGAAGGGGAGGCAAUGGAAUACCCGACGAUGCCGUUCACCAUGUUUCCCGACUCUCCUCAAGCAUCUCGCCGCUGCGUGAGUCACACCCUUCGAGCUCAGGGGUCGGCCUCUCGGGCCUCUCACCCUCCGUUGCAGAGGCCGCGAUGCAGGCGGCAGCCGUGGCCGGUCUGGAGUUUGCCGUUCGCCUUCGCUUUCCUCUUCUCUUCACCUGCGUGAGUAUGCGCCAAGUUCACCAGCUUGCACAAGUGCUUGACAGGCUAGUGUCGCUCCUCCAGUCGCCCUCUGCUUCGUUUGCUCCUGCACAGACUGUUUCGGGGCGGGCCGCCGGUGGGGCGUCUCGGCCAGGCUGCACAUGCGCGAUAGGCAAGGGACCCACAGUCAAACGUUCUCUGGUUUCUCGAAUGUCUGAAGAAGAGGGACGGAAGUCCGGCCCGAGAGAGAAAGACUCCGGACCGGAGGUCGACAGCCCUUUUGAAGAAGCGGAGAGAGGAGGCAGGGAGCUCACUUGGAGAGCCACCGGGGGAGAGAAGGGGGUGCGCGAGACUAAAAGAAGCUCGAAACCAGGCGGAGAAGCAGAGGAAACGGGAGCGAGCCUCUGCACAAGACAAGCUUCCAGUGAAGAGAAACGCACCGGUGUAGGGAAAAACGGGAGCGACGGCAUGCAGGUCGGGGCGGCUGGAGGCGAGAAACGAAUGACGGGCGGCUUGUAUGAAGAAGAAAGGAAUCGGCAAGGAGCAACAGGGGGCGCCGCCAAGCGGUCAUCUAAAAACGAAGCCACUGACCAGGAUGCAGACCAAGCCAAGGAGCGAAGCGGAAGUGACGACAUUCUCAGGAACGCGUUUCAUUCACCUGGAGAAGAAGACGCUGUGGGAGAAGAAACAGAAGACAAAGGCGAUGAAGAGUGGGUGCCACCACGAAGAGAGGGGGCAGAUGUAGUGGCUGGGCCAGCGCCGCCUGAGACUGAAGCCGGGAAAGGCGGGGACGAACAGGAAAGCCAGCUACAUGGCCGAUCCAGAGAUUGCGACAGAGAGAGGCCUUCCACUUCCAUCUUAUCUCCUUCCGCUUUUCUUCUGUCUCCUUCUGCUGGCCUGGUGGAGGAUCGAGGGGAGAUCCCCAGUCAAGGACUGGAGACCGACGACGAACAAGGAGCAAGCAUGUGGCGGAGAUUCGUCAGUUACAUGUCGCUGGCGAUAGGACGAGGCGAUAGGGAAGGCGCGCGAGAUGGCAGCGAGGAGAGCAGAGGAGCCUCCGCGGCUCGCUCUGGCACAGGUUGGAUUCUGAAACGCAGGACCCUUUGGGGACAGGGGGGACAGGACAUCGCAGGAGACUGCACGCAGGGCUCAUCGCUACCUCUCUCUGACGGCGCGUGUGGACCAGGCUGCGAGCAAAGACCGACGCCAGCCUCUCCAACGCAUGCAUUCCCGCCAUUUUCAGGGUCGUUUGGUGGGGAAGAAGUCUUUGAGAGUGCGCCGGUCGGAACCGGGAUUUAUGGCGACGAGUUUCACUGGUCAGAGGCGCUUCUCUUUCCCCAGAGACAGUCACACGCAGCCUCCUUCGCCGACCCUCUUGGUGACCCCAUCACCGGAGAUGACAGCGAAGCCUUUUCGCCAUCUACGCAGCUCCACCUUCAAGGCAAGAGCUCCGCAGCUCGGGCGCGCCACUCCAGCCAAAGGGAGGUGCGCUCUGCUGCGGAUGGAGACGCUGGUGAGACGGGGUCUAGGAGCGCCCCUCCCCACACGCCACCGGAGACAGUAAGAACAGGGGGCGCGUGGAAAGAGACACCACUGGAGGGCGAGUCGUCAGCAGCUUGUGGCGGGGCGACGCUCCACUCGGGGCCCUCAAUCCGUCACGCUGGAGAUACGAGCAGAAGGGAAGACGAGUAUCAUGAGAGUAACAAGGAACACGAGGACGCAAAUGGGUGUGCGUCGAUGUUCUCGCCUCGCGAAACGGGCGACAUGGCCGCGCCGUCCCUGCCUUGUGCGUGGGUGAUUCAUGUCGAAGUCCACGAGGUGUACGCGAACUUAGUUCUUGCCGAAGAGUUCAGAGUCUCUUUGCUCAUUCGCGAUCGGAGACACCGGUUUUCCGCGGGGUCUUUGGAGGCGAGGCGCCCUGGAAGGCAGUCGCUUUUCUGUUCUGCGCCGAGCGGAGGUCCGAGAUUUGGAGGCGUCUCUCACAUUCUGUCGUCUCUCCGAGGCACGCGGGGUUCCCCAUCUUCUCCCCAGACUGCUGGAUUAGAAGGCCUGUCUAAUCGCAGAGCCCAAAUAUCUCUAGCGACUCGCGCGGACCUGCCUCCGGUCGACAGAAGAGACCAGGGCGACGGAUCGCUUCCUGCGUGGUUCGCUGACUGUACCUCAGGGACGCCCCCAAAACUCCGAACAUCACCUCGCCGUUUGUCACUUUCUUCUUCGUUCUUCCAAACGGCGACAAGGACAUCUCUGGGAGACGGGAAGAACGCAGUCCAGCUGCUGAUCCCUUUCCCCAGGGCGUCCUUUGUCUCCUUCCUUGCCAGCGAUGUCGCUUUCUCCUUCGUCUCUUCGCUUCCAACCUGUCUGACCGACGCAGCAGCCUCGGCAGCCUCUGCCGCCGUCUCCAAUGGCGGGCGAGCUCCUUUGGCGUCCUCGGCGGCUUCUCAGCCUUUUCUGUCGUCAUCGGUUGCCGCACCAUGUCACCCGCCUCGGCCCGACUUCCAGGUCCUCCCGCCCCUCCACUCCUUUCUCCCUUCCCCUUCAGCGUCCCCGCAUGCGCGUUCUUCUGCAUGCGUCGGGGACUGCGGGGGCAGGCCGCCAGGUCGAGUCUUCGACCCGGGAGAGCGUAGCGCAAUCGAGACAGUGUUGUCGCUUGGCCAAGUCACUCAGCGUCAUGGCUUCCCUGCCGGUUAUCCGUACGCAGAGGGCCCCCGCACUGCAGAAGAAGAAACUCGUUUUCCGCAAAGGAAUGACGGGGUCCGAGACGGAGCCGCAGACGGUCCAUCUCCCAACCUAGCAAACAAACCUUCGGCGGCGACCUCGACGUCGCGCCUCGUCCUAGGCUCCACAGGAAGCGCGGAAGGCGACGCGCAUGCAGCGGCUGCCUCGGCUGCGUCCAAGACGUCUGGAGCAAGCGACGCGAACUUGCUUCAUUCGUCUGUGUGGAGACAGGGUGGGGGUGGCUCUUUAUCUUUUCCAGCUUCUGCUGCACUCGAGAGCGAUUCUUCUUCCGCAGCAGCGGCGCAUGCGUUCGUGUCCACCGGACAGUGGGCGGUGGAAAUGCAUUUGCUGAGAAACAAAUGGAGAUGCCGUUCAUCAACCACGGAGGGGACCAGCUGCGAGAAGCUGGACGGGCGGCUGUUUGGGAACCAGCAGGCAGCGCACAGGAGGCAUACAAGCCGGGCCAAGAAGCCUUGCCAGGCCUCUCGAGAGAUGAGGCACGUUCAGAACGGCUUCGCGCGUCGCUCUGCGUUUGACAGGCGAGAAAGAGGAGCUCGACGACUGAGGGAGGGAGGCGAAGAAAAGAGAGGGGGGCGAGAAGGGGCGCAGCGCGGAGAGCCGGCGGACGCAGACGUUGCAAUCCAGGCAGAGGCCAGGGGGAAGAGAAAUCAGGAGAAAACGGGAGAUGAAACGCCAGGACUCGAGCCUGAGGAGAGAGAGAUGGCACGACGGCAGAGGUGCUCCGAGGCAGGCGCCAGCGCGGAGACAGCGCGAGUCGACGGAGAGACGCGAGACGGAGACAGAGGAAGCGAGGAAGUAGGCGAAAAAAUGGGUGUGGAAAAGACCCUCGAGAGCGACGGGUGCGACGCGUUUCGGCAAACCCAGGGGAAGAAUGAGAGCGCGAAUUCAAAUGGAGAGAAGAACGGCGAAAGCAUGGAAGAAGAGACAGAGCAGCAGACAAGGCCCCUCCGAGAAGAUGUGACGCCAGCGGAAUCACUUCCGUUUUUGAAAUCCGGAGACUUGGAGACACGAAAGGAAAAUGCAGGAGAAAGCAAAGACAGAGGGGGCGAAGACAAGACAUGCGAAGGGGAGUCCCUUGAAGCGCAGAGCUCCUCAAAUCCAUCGUCCGACAAUCGAGAGAGAGACAAGAGGGACGAUACAGAACCAGCACCUGGCACGAGACAUGAAGCACCAAUACCAUCGUCCUCCAUUUCUUCUUCUCGCGUCUCUUCUUCGUCUCUUUCUGCGUCUCUUUCUGCGUCUUCUGAUUCUUCCUCGUGUGCCUCAUCCUGUUGCCCUCCAUUUCCCUCUGUCAUUGACCCAGCGACAGGAAAGGCGACCGAGAAGAGGGGCAAGGGAGGGCGCCGAAGCCGGCGCAGGUCGGCCGAGACACGCUCCAGGGUCCGACUCGCCGCGAUCGAAGAAGAGACAGCGGGAAGCGUUUCACUCCAAGGCGGCGAGACGACGCUCACUGAAAGCAAAAGAGACGAGGCGAACUUUGAGGAGGCGAGGACAAGAGGGGAGACAAAACGUGAAGAUAAGACGAAAGGAGAGGAGAGGAGACACACAGAAGCCGGGCACAGUCAACAGACCUUGACCGCACGAGAAGAUGAGGCCAGACAACUCGCAGAUUCAUCUCUGUGCUGUCCCUCAGGAUCCGGGGACCUGAAGGCUUCUGCGGAAGCUCCAGUCCCGGAAGAAGACGGAGUCGCUGCACUAGAGCAGGACCGUCUAAACCAAUCUGAGACGCUGUAUGCAACAGAUGUUCGCGACGGCGGACUGGACGGCUCAGAAUUUCGUGACUGUAUCGAAGACGACGGCACAGAACGAGAAAAGAAGGCUCUGCACGGUCUCGGCUCCUCGAAACUCUGUUGCCCGGAUGACAAAGACAAAGGCGAAGAUGACAGACACAGAGACGCUUCACUCGCGCCCCUGAAACUCCCAGAUGGCACCUUGACAUCGCCGUGUAUGAGACGUGGAGAGAGGGGACCUAAUCCACGACACAAGGAAGGAGAGAAAGAGGGAGACGAGGGAGGAGUUCGACGUCUGUACACCUCAGACGGAUCGGACGCCUGUACAUUCUGUUUGGAUGGAGAGGUGGAUGCCGCGGUAUGCACAGGGAAACUCGAGUGGGAAGAUGUAAGCGAUGGCAGCGACAGCAGCCUGUUUGCCAGUGCUUUAGAAGCAGAGGACGGCGAGACAGAAGAAAAAUCGUCCCUGGAGAGGCUGAGUUCAGCGAGACGGUUGCGUGCUCUGGAGGCAGAGAGAAGCACCGGGAUAGAUCCGGGAGGGAAACGAGAUCCGCAUUUUGACUUGGACGACGAAAUAGACGAACCUGUUUUCGACGUUGUUCUUCUCUUCUGCGCCGCGCCCGCCUUCCCCUCUCAGCCGCCAACGUCAGACACACCUGCUUCCUCGAUUCCUGCCGCUGCGGCUGCUGACGGUGGCCUUCCUCUCUCGACCCAUGGCAUCUACCACGCGACGUCGUUCCCCUCCUCUUCGCUUCCAUCAUACGAUUCUUGUUCCUCUCGUUCUCACGCCGGCAGUCCUGGCCUCUGGGACUCGUCCAGCCCCAGCAGCUGGGCACCUGCACCCUUCCUGCCGCUCGCCGGCCGCAGGACGUUCGGUGCCGACAUCGCGGGAGGAUCCGAAGGAGGCGAGGAGAGGAUGCAGCGCAUGAAGACACACCGCGGUUGCUCAGGCCUGGGUGAGGCGACUGAAGCCUCGGAUCUCCACUCCCUCUGGGACUGUCCCCGCCCCUGUUCCCUUCAAGAGCGAGAGAGGAGACGCCUCCAGUCUUCUCCUUUCGAGAAUUCGAAAAGCUGGCAAACUCGCCCGCGACCGCCGCUUCGCCAGGAACGCACCCACGCAGCUGGGAUGCACCUGUCCUCCGACUUCUCGGGGGGGUCGGUGUCUCCUUUGUUCGCUGCUUCGGUGGCUCCAAACUCGCCUCCAGGUGCUUCAUUCACUUCCGCCUCGACCGCUGCUUCGCGCGCCUCCUCGACCGUUGCCUCCUUACUCGCGUCCCUCUCGCCGACCCUCACGCUCUUGCCGCUGCCCAUGCCGUCCUGGCAAGACAGCGCCUUCUGGGCCACUCAGGCGUUGCCGCCGUGUGACGGGGGCCCCUGUGGAGUGUGUUGCUACAGGGCGUCUUCCGCCUGGUCUCCCGGUUUCUCUGCCGGCUCGGCGGAGCGCGCGAAAGGCUCAAGAAAAGGCGAAGGAGCAGCAGGAGACCGUCCAACAGCUCGCGGGGCUUCGCGUUGCCCUUCAGCAUUUGCGCUUUCGCCGCCGUGCGGGGAUCUCAGGCACCUGAGCGAGUCAACGAAUGGCCUUCGGCGUUUCCCAAUCUGUUCAGGGCGAGAGAGGCUCUGCGAGUACAGAGACUUGGAAGGAAGCCCCGAGGUCGUCAUGGGUGGACCAAGUGGACUGUGUGAGAAAGACAGCCGACAGUUCAGGCCUUCCCUUCGUUCCGGUGCGAAGCGGCUCUCAGCUCGCGACUCUCCGAUGGUAUUUGUGGCUGUUUCCUACUUCUCCAGUCCGUCUCCACCUUCGGGCCGAGUGAUCUCCGAUCGCAGGAAGCAUUUUCAGUUCUCUUCCGACUCUUCCUCUUCUUCUCUUGGAAGCGCUGCGCGUCGUCCAUCUGCCCAGCCAGCAUCAGACGCUCCAGUGUCCUCAUCCUCGUUCCAGACACUUCGCAGCGCGCCGUCUGCUUCUUCUUCAUCGUCUUCUCCAGGUCUUCUUCGACCAGCGCAGACACCGAGAGACAAGGAAAGCGAAGGUCGUGGAGACGAGGGGGCUGAACGUAACGCGCCCGAGAAGCGCCUUUUGUCUCGAGAACAGAGACCGGUGGAGCGAGGGUGCAGAGAGGGAGGAGGAAACCAGGUGCUAGGGGAGGCUGACGGUUGCUGUGUGUCGCCUGCGGGACGAGGCAAGAGGCGCGGAAGAGGUGAAGAUCUGCAGAGGGAGUUUCCCUUGCUUCGCACAGAGGAGCAGACUUUUCCGGUGCUAUCGCGACCCCACACUGCCCCCGUCUUGCGUGUGAAUGUGAAGCUCCAAGCCACAGUCGGGCACCUGUCGGUUCCGGUCCUCACUGAACUGCUUGAGGCCUACGAAGCCUACGGAGGUGGGUGGGCCUCUUCUUCACUUCAGCCAAAUGUUCGUGAGAGAAAACUCGCUUCUUCGCUUCCUGUUUCACCUCACCCCAUGCCAAGACAACCGUCCUCUCCUGCCGCCGCCGUAUACUUCCAGACUCCUCAUCCUUCUCCUCCCCUGCUCCCUCCAAUCCGGCCUCUCUCUGCUGCGGCGUCUUCAUGUGCACCAUCUCCCUCAUCGUUUUGUCGGCCUAUUGCUUCAACGCGAUGCUCUCCAUCGCUUCGCGGGCCCUCUUGUUCGCCCUCUGAGAUCCACAUCUCCGCCGCUGCCCCCCCGCCUCUUCUACUCCAUUUCCAGCUUUCGGCUCCGUGUCUUCGCAUUCAGUUCGACGUCGGCGCCGAGUCGCUGGGCCUCGAGUCUGCCCCAUGUUCGCUACGCCCAGAAGCUCGAGAGGAAGACUUCUCUCGGUCUGUCGACACUCGUUCGCCGUCUAACUCGGCUUCGGAGAAAGGAAAGGACCGACCUCACGUCGAGCUGCCAUCGCCUGUUCUGCUGUGGGACAUGGCGGCUCUGCAAGUUCAAGUCGGACCGGACUUCUUCACCUUCCUGCGGAGGCGCUCGCAGUCCCUCCCCUUCUUUUCCUCUUCUCAUCUUUCGUGGUCACCUGAUGAGGCUGCGGCAAGAAGAGAGGUUGAAUUUUUCCAUCGAUGGCGGGAGAGAGAGCGAGUCGAAGAAGCAGCGUAUCGGACGCAAACGGCUUCUGCACUCCAUUCAGGUUCGCCGCAAUGCGGUCGGGAUCCUCCUCCGUGUCUGUCUGAGCCUCAAAUGGCUUCGCUCUCGUCGGCGACCUCUCCAGAGGUGGCGCUCCUCGAUAUUCGCCAACUCACGAGACUUUAUUUCGUUUUUCCUGAGAGGACAGCGGCCCCGGAGUCAACGGUGAGGCGUGGAGACGGAGGCCAAAACGCUUUCUAUCGGCAUCGCAUGCAGUCUGCUGCUGUGUCGCCGCUUUCGUUUUCGCCUCGCCAGCCGAAACGUGGAUUUGAGUGGCGGACGCAGCUGCUCUUGUCGACGUGUGCCUCUGCACCUUCUUCCAACUCGCCAUUUUCGCCUGUCACAACAGUUCCUUUUUUCUCGUCUUCCCCUCGUGUCUUUCCUCAAGGGAGGGGAACGAACGUAUGUGCAGGAUGGAGUGGCAGACGACAGAGGACCGGAGAGGGAUCACAUGCAGUCGAGGAAAGGACUGUCUCUCGCUCAGAUCGAAGGAAGACACUCGGGCGUUUCUCCCCACCUCCCUCACGCGAAGCCCCACAGGCCUCCGCCUUGUCGGAGCGCUCUGGUCGGCUCCAGAGGGCAAGCCAGCGCAGGCGCGCCUCAGAAGCAUCGCCAGAAAGGCCUCACGAAACUCGUCAGAGAGCAGACAGAGCCUCGACGUCAGGGGGAGACUUCGAGACACAACCGCAAGAGGACGAGAGAGAGCAAGACACACAGCCGGGUCUUUUCCUCGUGGACCGCCUGCUCUGGGGGCCGCCUUCGCGAGUCGUUGUGAGACUCGCGCGUCGCGUUGUGCUCAAGCGAGGAGACCGAGACGAAUCCGAAGUUGAGGAAGGACAGGACCUCGCGGACAGACGUGAUCUCGAAGAGCGAGAAAGGGGAGAAAGGACAGACGCAGCGAAUUCGCGAUCUGCACAGGCGUCCUCCGCGUGUGUCCUGAGAGGGGUGGAGUGUAAGCAUGGAGAAGAAGAGAGCGGAGAGGAGAGCUUGAAAGAAGGAAGGGGAAAUGCGAUGCGUUUUGAGCAAGAAACAGCCUUGUCAGACAUCGCUACAUCGUGGUCCCGAUCACGCGUUCCCGGUUUCUGGCCAGAAACAGAUGUCGGCUGUGGCUUUCUCUCUGAGCAAAACAGUGCGCCUGGAUCUCGACAUCUACCCCUGCCUCCUCUGCCUCCUCUGCCUCCGCUUCCUUCUUUACCUCGUCUUUCUCCUUCUCUUCAUCUUCUCGCGAAGCGGCUGCCUCCCCCGCACACAGUGCGUCCUUCCUGCCACCCAGUGCGACUGGUUUCUCGAGACGAGAGAGUGCCGCAGUCGCGUUCAAUCGAGGGCCAGGCGGACGAGCAGGCGCGCGUCGAUCUGCCGCGUCCGUCUCCCGAGUCGAAGCGAGAGGAACGGGACCAGCCUCAGGUUGCUUCAACUCUGCUGCCAGCUCCCGGCGCCUUCUGUGCUUGUUCUGUUCAAGUAUCGCCCGUUUGGGGUCCUGCUCCCGCGAAGGCGCUAGACUCGGCUACGCCGGCGUUGCCGACCUGCAGGCCUCGGUCGAUCCUGCCUCGAGAAGCCUUGCCUCCCUACGGAGACAUCCGGGGCAGCGAGGACCUUGGCGGCGGCUGCUUCUCUCACGUUUCUGAGGAAGGCGGUGGCGACUCUGAAGACGAGUGGCGAUCCAUGCGCCCGCCCCCAGAGAGAAGGGUGACUCGUGAGUCAGCGGACUGCUCUACGGGGAAGGCCUCUUUCGGACCGGACCUAGAGAGCUACCCCCACAGAACGAAGACGUGUCUCCGCAGAGACAAAACGAAGAGACAGUGCGUCUCCGGGGGGCGCCGCGCGGACGAAUGGGCCGUACUUUCUUGCGAUCGCCUGAGUUCUUGUUCCUUCUUUCGCCAGGUGCAGCCCAGGCGCGUGCUCGAGUCGCAGAGACAGGCCUCCUCUUUUAUGCGGGCGCCGAGCCGCGGCGGAGACGCUCAGGGCGCGUCGACCGCGUCCCGAGAGGGGCGACGAGACCCCACACACAGAGACGCUUGGCGAGAAGAAGAGACAAUCGAUGAGGGAAGCCAGAUGCCUACAGAGGGCGACCGAGACAGUGCGACCGAGGACCGUCGCUGGUCGGGAGGAACGCCGAUGCGUCCGGCCCGGCCGGCGCUCGACAGUUGUGCGCAUUUGAGGGCCGCGAGGAGAGGAGAAGACUUGGAGGAUGAGAAAGUCUCGGGGGACGUCGACACAGGACGAGUGGUGGAGGACGCCGUGGAAGUCGGAGUGUCUCUUCCGCUUCUCCAUGUCACCGUGGACGUUGCGAGCCUUCUUCUUCUUCAGCUUUCAGCAGGCCUCGAGCGCCAGCGCAAAGCCUGGCAAUGCCGCAGGGGUCCCAGGGAGAAGUCUUCAGGUCCGAGAGUUGAUGGAAUCGGAGGAGAGAGAAGACGCGAAACAGAAGAAAGAAAGGAAGGGGGAACAGAGGAAGAAGCACUUGGAAAGACCCGUGACAGCUCAGAGAAGCAAGAAGAAGGCGCGGGGGAAGAGACGCGGUCGAGAGGCAGAACCCUUUCGAGCGAUGGAGGCCUUGGAGGCACUGGCGUCUGCGGGAAGUCAAAGUGCGACAGAGAUGAAUCAGAAGAGAAACUGAAGAGACGCCAAGAAACUCGAGAACAGGCGAGGGCGUCCAUGUCAGCUGAAGCACCUGAAGAACGCAGUGCUGCAGGUGGACUUCGGCCUUACACACUCGAAACGGAGAGCGAAUCUGUCCUGUGGAAGAGCAGCCCUCAAGAGAUGUCAACCGCUUCACCGUCCUCUCUCUUGGCUCUUUCACGUCCUCGAGGGCAAACGCGAAGGGUGUUGAUGAUUCGUUUUCAUUGCUUUGUCGACGCGGCUGCCAUCGAGUGUGGAAUGAACAGUUCCUCAGCUCGUGUGCUUCUUCAAAGUCCUCUGGUGCCCGCUCGAGUUGCGCCUGGCCCCGCCCCCGCAGCUGCUUGCUCGUCUCCAGCUUCUUCUCGCCGCUUCAGACGGGCAAGUUCGUUGGACCGUACGCACGACAGGCGCCGAGCGGCAAGAGGAGAGCAGACCAAGGAGGCGGAAACAGAGAGCGUGGAGACAGGGGAGAAGCCCACGGCCAAGGAGGAGAAGCACACAAAAAGGGAAGAGGAUAAAGAGUUUGACAGCACGAAGCGGUUGCUAGAGGGCCUCUCGUCGGGAGUCUUUCGGGAAGCGACGGUUUUACAAGGACGGAUGGCAUGCUUCGUUCCUUUCUUCCGUUUGGAGCUUGGGCGGCUGCAGGUGAAUCUGGGACUUGGCAAGACUGCGGCGCGAGCGGACUCGAAAACACCAGCGGGGCUCCUCGAAUUGGAGACAGGCGACAGAGUCGCGGACUCGAAAUGCAGAGCUAAGACUCACGCCUUGAAGGAAACUGCUCAGAGGUUCCUUUUCGUUCUUCCCUCACCAAGUGAUCCUCUCGUUCACAACCAGGCAGGCUCUUGUCUUCAGCAUCAAACGCUUCCAACGUUGAUGCUUGUCGAUGCGGCCGUAGGAAGCGUCGCGCUCUUCGGGAAGGGUGGAGUGCCGUUCAUCUACACGUGGAGAGCUGCCAUCUACCGCGCAGCGGGAGGCUCGUCCGCCUCCUCUUCCUUCCCUACCAGUACUUCUUCGUCGUCGUCUUCGUCGUCUUCCUCUUCGUUCUCUUCUUCUUCUCUUCUGUCCAUGGCGACUCCCGCUGGGCCGUGGAGCGGCGCGUGGUGUAAGCCGAGGGGGUCGAGCUGCGGAAGGGAGGGAGAGCUGAAGAGAGAGCAAGGAGAAGAGAGGCCUGAGGAGCGAGACGAAGCGACGAGAGAGAAGCCUGUGGCGGCAGAGGAGACAAACAAAGCCGAGAGUGUGGAGGACUAUUUCGUGGUGUACAAUCGAACCGACCCGCGGGCGUUGACCCCAGAGAAAGCCAGUUUUCUGACGCCAUUCCAGAGGUCGUUUGCCUCUCUGGCAGCAGCGACUCGACAGAGUGUUCUUCCUCCGAAGCGGCCAGAGGCCCUGCGAGCGUCGCGCAGCUUCCCUUCUUCGGUGUCUCCGUUUGUCGCCACGGAGGAGGCGGGUGGCGGAGGCGAAGCAAAGAAUAUCGCCAAGGCGAUGUGCGAUAACGACAGGAGAGAGGCUGGCGACAGAGAGGAAGAGGUGGAGACAGAACGCGAAGUUGGUCUCGCGAGACAGGCGCCUUUCGUGGAGCAGAUGGCGCCAUGCUGUUCCAUUGCCUUCUCGGUUCAAGCGGAGAUCUGUCGCAAAAGCUACACGUUGCUUUCUCGAGUUUCCCCUCCCGUCGAGGACGACGUUCGCAGGCUGGACGCGAACGACGGAAGGGCGGAGGAGGAACAGGGAGGUGAUCAGGGAGAGGCAGAAAGAAAACGAAGGGAUCGGGGAAGCGCAGGCGGUCGGGGAGAUCAGUCGACGACGCGUCUGUUCGAGAGCGGGGCUCAGAGGAAACGAAUCAGCUGUUCUUCCUCUCUUAUUGUGGAAGAUUUCCACCGCUCGGGACUGCAUGCGAUAUCCGGAAAAGCCGCCGAAACAAUAGCGACACUACGCUCGACAGAUCUUGCACUCGGGUGGCUUGUCGCUGUGGUCGAUGUCCGUACGCUGGAAACUGUCAAUUUUCUUCUUGCAGCGGCGCUUCUGCUUUCCAGGGUGCGCAACCGGCAACGCCUUGCCUUGGCUUCUUUCUCGGGGGUCUCCAAACCAAGUCUCGCCUCUUCCUCCUCUCCAGCUGCGUCUCCUUUGUCGCCCUUUGGAAAUUCACCGGGGAGUGACAAGCGUCUGACCCCCGCAGAGAAAACACGGUGGGCAUCUCCCGUCGACAGAGAGGAAAAGAGCUCAGAAACUGUUCCCGCCUUCCUUGGAGAAAAGUUGAAAGAAGAACGACUUUCAGCCGCGGAACUCGAGCCUCCUCCACUUUCUGCCUCUUCAACAUCUUCCCGUUUUGUCUUUCGGUGGACAGUGCCGCACCAGCCGCGAGCGACUCAGCUGUCUCUGCAGCUGACGCGGUCGCUUCUCGUUCUCCCGCGCCCGCUCGGGUGGUCGGCGUUCUGGCGCGCUCAACAGGGCGCCGGCUCGUUUCUCUCUGCAUUUCUGCCCUGCGAGGAGGCCUCCGGAGCGGCGCGAUAUUCCCAACAGAAGGCGAACGACUGCAGGCCGCGUUCGGCGCUACAGUCGCCGUCCAGAAAGCGGGAAGCGACGUCAGACGAACGCGAAGACCCCGACGAGGAGGACCUGCCUGAGAGCGUCGCCUGGUUUGCUGUGCUUGAACUCAACAGCCUUUCGGCGACGCUUCUCAGCACGCAUGCGCCAACCUCAGAAAUAGACGAAGAAGGGAACGACGAAGAAGAGAAGGAAGAAGAAAGAAGAGGAACCGGAAGACAGGAGGCAUCUGGAGGCUCCCAGCGUGAAGAGGAAACCGAGGGUUCUGAGGUCGGCUGGACGGUCCCGAGGAUACCUUUGAUUGUCGAUAUCCAUAGGAAACAGAAGGCCUUCGUUUCGAGUGCGGAGACAGCUUCUACGUCGCGUACGUCUCCGGGAUUCGCCUCGUCUCCGUCGGCCUCGCCGUUCUCACUGCAUUCGUUGUCGUUGCUCGCCUGGCGCGUCCAGGAGGUCAAUCUGCACAUCAUCAACGACUCUAACCAAGCGGCGAUCGGGUGUGCUGGCGCCUCGCCUUUUUCUUCGUGUCAAAGCCGCCAGAGGCAGAACGAAGUGAUAUCUAAACUUCUCAGUUCCAUUCCUUCGCCUUCUUCCCUCCUUCCCCCGCGUGUAUUUCUUCCCCAGAUCCACCUGGAGACUCGGGAGCCCGUUUCUGUGUGUGCAAGAGAAACCGAAGAGAGUUCAAAACGACACCAAGGACCACAACAUCGCCGCGUGUCGUCUGACGCGUCCUCUUCCUCUUGUUUCUCCUCCAGUUCUUCCUGUUGUUCUUCGUCUUGUUCUGCCUCGCGAUCUCCUUACUUCUCUUCUCGUUUUGCGCCCGCGCCCCCGUCCCCGCGUGACUCACGAGGGGAAGGCGAAAGCCAGGGGUUUCCGUCCCUGGAGACCGAGGCUGCAUGCGUGUUCCAGACUCGGUCACCUCUCGUCGUUCGAUCCUCAGAAAUCUCAUCGAUUUUUCAAGCCUGCGGGCUUGUCUGUGUCGCGCGCUUGAGCGACGUCGAAGGCAGCUGCACCUCUUCGCCGUUGCUCGAAGCGAGGUCGACGAAGGAGGGCGUACAGGUGUGUCAACUGUCGAGAGAAGACCCGGAAGACCAAGCCGCACAUGGUUUCUCGACGAGCAGGGACAUUCGAGAAGCCGAGCGAGUCCGGAUGCUCGGCAUCUUCACAAAAAUCGGGUCUUGCCGUCUCACCUUCGCUCCCGAUAGUCUUCGAUGCAUGCUUCUUAUCCCCGUGGACCUCCUGCUGCUUCACAGCGCUGUCAAACGGAUAAAGGGAGAAAUCCGCGCUCUCCUAGGCCGACGGCACUUGAGUCCACCCUCUUUGGAGUCCUCCUGCUUAUGGACAACGGCAGCGAAGCGAUGCUGUUGCUCGUCUUCUCCCUCGUUGGCUUCGGAGACUUCGCAGUUCGUGGCUGAACGGGAGGUGGCGGCGUUGCUUUCGAAAGGGGCGAAGGAGUCGCGGUCUGCAUUUGACCUCGCAGCGGUGCUCUACACCUUCCCUCUCCUUCUUCAUUUGCUUUGUUCAGAGACGACGGAGACGCGUGAAACGCUGAGAGAAACCUUCCAGUCUUCGACAGGAGCGCCGAGGGAAGACACUCAAGAGGAGGGCCAGGAGACCGACGCAGUCGCGGCUCGCGGGCGAGACGGAGAACGUUCCGUUCCGUUGAAAGGCCAAGGCGAACCAGAGAGGGAAGGCGCGUCAUUUGCAGGGUCUCGGAACAUGUUCCAUGUUCUAGAACACGGCGAAGAUGACGGAAAAGUCAGUCCCAUAACUCUCUCUGCAGGUGCUCUGGUGGAACCGAGUUCCGCUUUCUUGUCGUUUGCCGGUCCACGGCUCGAGAGGAGAGAAAGACUGGGCACACGAGAGACAGGCUCGCUUUGGAUGACCCGCGACGAAGAACAGUUCCGGGAGAGAAACUCAAGAGCGAUUUCGAAAGAAACGGAGACGCGCCGCCUGCCCGAGACAGGCAGCCUCUUGACAGACGUUCAGAUGGACGCCUUUUCAGCAACCCCUCUUUCCCCGCUUCCACGUUCUUCGCCUUUCGUCGUUCCUUCGUCUUCACGCAAUGUGAUACUUUCGGACGCCUCGCCAGUUUUCAGCUUUCAACAACACGGUGCAGAUUCGAUAUCAUCUCGACCCUCUUGGUCGCAUCCUGAGUCUUCCCUCUUAGAACAGCCUUGGGAGGAGAGCAGACCUCUACAACGUGAGGACGGCUUCCACUUCGUCGAUGCGUCUUCGUCUUCGUCGUCGUUCGCUGCUUCUCCAUCGCUGCGUUUCUCACCUUAUCCAGAGGCAGCGCUUCCCGCAUUUCAAGAACUCAGUGAAGAGAAGUGGAGAGAAGCGCGAAGAUGCGAGGCAGUCGGCACUGGCCAGCAGGCGAUGAAAGUCCGAGACAAAGGGCAAGGAGAAAUCGUAGAAGAUUACAUUGCAUGCCCUGCGGCGCCUCGAGAGGAAGGCGAGAAGCGGGCAGCCGAGCCAGCAUCUGGAGAGAGGCAAGAGCGUCGCGAAGAGGAAGGAGAGAAGAAAUGUGAGAGCGCGAAUCCAACAUUGACAGGAGUGGACGAGCCGGGGCCGCACUCGAGGAUAGAAAUCGAACGAAUAAGGAGUGGCGGCGAGCGUCUGACAGCGGCCAACGAACGUUCGAAAGAGGGAGAGGAGAGAGAUGUCCACGGUGAAUCUUCGCAAGACGACAAAGGCGAGAGAGCGAGGCUCUCGUUCUUCGCCUCGGUAGGUCGGACGGCAGCAGGGGAGUGCCUCGACGACCAGCUGUCGUUCCCGGGGACUGCAGAAAUUCGUGACUCUGAGGAGAAAGAAGAAGCUGCUCGCGAUGAGAUGCUUGCUACAUUUUUCAGACCGUCUCCUUCCGAGAAGCAUGGCUCCGACUCGUCUCAACAGAUCGCGUUUCCUUCUCACUAUAACGCACCCGCUGUGUCUCUUCCACAAACACCAGAGCCUCGCGCCAGCGAAGGAACGGCCCUCUGGGCACCCGGCCAACGUGAAAGCGUCACCUUCGCUCCCCAUUUUUCUCUCCAUCCUUCUCCCUCUUCGUCUCUUCCGUUUCAGUCGGACCCCUCACAAAGAGUCACCGAAACCAUCUGCGCUCGCGUGAGAGGCCUUGCUGUCUCCGCCGGGCCGCCCGCAGGCGCUACGGUGAUCGAAUCCACAGGUCGCAUGCGCCCAGCAGAACUGGAAAGCGAACCUCGGACCAGACAGAUCUCGCUUCCGCGCUCCAAGGAGCCUCGGCCUCGUCUCUCUUCUGUGGACGCGGCCUUCGCCUCCUCCCUCUUUUUCUCCAUCCCCGGGGGCUUCGCCUCUCAGGCCUCUGGACGGCCGUGGGCCGCACUGCUGGACCGACAGGGAGACAGACGGAAUGGACUUCUCGAACGAAAAGAAGAGACAGUCUCUGAGUGGAGCACGAGGCCCUCGAGAGGAGGAGACUGGCGAAGCGAGCGCGAGGCAGCAGAGGAAGGCUGGAGACGCGCAUGCGAAGUUUACAUCGGGCGAAUGGAAAUCAACGUAUCUCGCGGGGCGGAUUUCGUCCUUGCUCCAGCUUCCGGGAAGAGAGACGUCUGUCAAAACUCGCCUUCGGCCGCUCGCCUUCGGAGGCGCCGUGAGACAGCGAGAGCCGCAAGGCGUGGAGACGGCGAGAGCGAAGGAGAAAGACGAGCUCGAGAGAGGCAAAGGCCGGAAACGAGAAGACAUGCUCAAGUUGAGGACAGGAGCAGGCCGAGGCGCGGACGGAGUGGUUUGAAAAGUUUCGUCUGCGAGUCUCGUGAAGGCAGAGUGGAGAGAGAGGACCUCGAAGACUGCAACCGAGCAGAACACGCACAGCUGAACACACCGGGAAAGUGGAAAGAAGAAGUUGCAGAAAUCGUCCUCGAGGCUACAAACGUUGUGUACGGGCAGCGAGCCGACAAACGCGAGAGCGCGAAGCAGAGACAACAGGCCUCAGGGAGAGCCUCUCACAGAGGCCGGGGCAUCCGGCAAGAGCAGAGACGGGUGACGGAAGGGCCGUGCGACAGAGCGAGCGACGAACAAAGCGCGGACAAAGGAUACACACCUCCGAAGAAUCUAAAGGUUUUCUCGAAUUCAGACUCCUCGUCCACUACAGCAUUGGCCUCCUCUUCACCGUCCUCUUGUUCCGUUCCGUCUUCCAGGCGCGCUGGGCCUUUUCCUCGGUUCGACACAGCUGCGGGCGUUGAAAGCGAGACUUCUCAUCGCAUGCGCUUGGCAUCUGUGGAGACCGGCGUGUGUCGGCGGCGACUCGAGGUCCGCGUCCACAACUUCGCGGUGAAAGAUUUGGUCGCGUCUUCUCUCUUUUCGUUCUUUGUUCGCUACUUCGAUGACGAGAAGAACCGGCCUCGUCUACAGUCUGUUCCCAUGCUCGCGCUGUCCAUUCAGGAACACUGUCUGCUCGCCGAGACACUCCAGGCAACCGACUGCGGCCGUCUGGACCAAGCCCCGCGAGAGACGCAGGCGAAGGCGGCGAGAAAACGACUUCACAUGAAGGAAGGUAGGGGAGAGCGAGAGAAGUCAGGAGUCAGGGCGCAUUCAGUAGAACGGAAGGAAAGAGUAGAGGCGAGAGAGCGAGAGGAGAUACGAGACAGGGAAGAGAGAGAAAAGGCAAGAAACCAAGAAGAGAGGGAAGGAAGAAAUGCAGAGGAGGAACCGGGACUUGAAGGGAGAACUGAUCGACUCGUGUGUCGCUCAGUGCGCCCUUUGACAGUGGAGACUGCCGCGCAGAGCGAAACGGGAAGACUGCAAAACUUCACAGUAGAAGAGAUGUAUGGCUACGAGAGUGGAGCCUCCGACAAAGGCGAGACAGCGGAUGCAAGGCGAUCUCAUGUGGCGUCGAACAGCCGACAUGGCGAGCGGCAACAGAUCCAAUUCGAGCGUGGAGAGGCAAACCAAGGUGAGGGUAAAAGAGCCUGUUUCGACGAGAAAGGAAAUGGCGAACCAGGUCCGAGGGCUGUCUUCUCGGCGGAACCGACGGGGACGCGCGCGUGCUCGCCGCUUGAGUACACCGUCGAGAUUCGCCUGCUGCCUCUUUCGCUGACUCUCCAGCAGGAGUCCUUGGAUGCAUUUGAGGAAGUGAAUCGCCAGCUGCGAAUGGCGGGAGUUGUGGAGUGUUCUCAUGCUCUGCUCGUCGACAGCGAGGAGGCGGAAGAAGGGGAAAGUCUGUCAGACUCAGAUUCAAGCGACUCGGAGGAAGACGCGAGCGGCCCUUUUGCCGACAGACGUUUCUUCCGGGAACGAGGCGAUCUCUGCAGGCUUGGAAAAACACAGAGAGACGCGCGACACUCCCAUCGAAGCACUGAGGAAGGCACCUCGAGCGCGUGGCUAGCCUUCUCCUCUCCUGAGGGGGAGUCUCCCAGGCCGAGGAGAAGAAGAGAACGGGGGAACGAGGCUCCUCAAAGAGGAAGCGCGCGUCGGUUUGGGAAGUCGACAGAUCGGGACGUCGGGCGCGAGGCAAGAGAAGAGUGGAACGGAAAAGACAACACACUCAACGCGUCUUCAGGUGCUAGGAGGAGAGAAGGGCAGGAGAUCCGGAGACACAAUCGAUUUGCAGAGACGGACUCUGAGGCGUUCCCUUUCUCGACGCGGGAUAAUGACUGGGUGUCUUCGACCGCCCGUGUCAUGGGGUGUACGUACACCGAGAGCGGGAGCCACCGGAGUAUCAGCAGAAACCGUCUGAGUGAGAUCGCGAGUGAAUGGCGGGUGCCGGCAGUUCCCGCGUUUCCUUCGUCGCCUCCUGGAGCUUUUUUCCACGAGGCAUUCGACAGGCCGUUCUCUCGCGCGUCUUCCUCGCCUUUCCUGUGCUCUCGGGAUGAGCUUCACCCGUCGGCUGUGUCGCCCGUCUACUCCGCGUCGCCUGCGGUCCGCGCACCCGCUUUCCAGGCUGUUUCACCCUCUUUCGACUCGGCCGGCCUGCACCCCGCCUUCGUUGGCUCUGUUGAGGAAGAGAACUUCACCUCUCAGAGCCAAGGAAGCAGAAGGAGUGAGCGUGAGCCUCGCUUCGCCUCUUCCUCUUCGGCGUCGGCGUCUGCUUUCACUGGGUCCAGGCGAGAGCGAAGAGCGAACGAGUGGGGAAAGGACGGGGGGCCUCGUGGACGGCGACUGGGAUCGGAGAUGAGGAAAGAAACUGAAGAAGAAGAGAAUGGAGGGAGAGGCGAGAGAGGAAGGGAGCUAAGGGAAAAGGAAGAACGGGCUCGCGCCGGAGAACAAGAAUUAGAGUCACUCUCGUUCGGUGAAAGUCCGUUUUUCGUUCGCUCUUUUGACAUGCCUCCCCUCCUUCUUCGAAUCGACUACGUCCCCAAACGCCUCAACCCCACGGGAGUCUGCAGCGGACAACUCAACGAAGUUGUCAAUUUCCUCGUCUCCUUUUGUCGAGUGGAAGGCGUGGAAGUCACUCUGACGCGCAAGGCCUUCCGGAGCGUGACGAGCUGUGAGGCUUUGGUUCAGCAGCUGCUCGCGUCCUGGGCAGAGGACUUCAAUCGAGCCUUGGUUUUAAAGUGCAUGCGCGGCGUCACGCCCUUUAGACACGUCCUUCGUCUGGGCCGGCAGAUGAAGGCUGCCGCGCAAAAACUUUUACGUCUUUCCGUGCACAACUGGCGAACGCGAGAGUUGACAGCGAAGCCCCUUUUCUACUCCAACUAUGCGCAGUACAGACACUUCAUUCGCAACAGCCUUCUAAGAGCAGCUGGCCACGACGUUCCCCACUUCUCGUGGGUUGCUUUGAAACAAGCAGCCGCCGUCAUCGUUGCCGCAAGCGUUGAAGGAAUCACGUGGUCUGAGAGAGCUAUGCGGAGCGCCCAUUACAUCUUGCAACUUCUCGAUCGCCGAUGCACACCAGGUGUGUGUCCAGCGUACCCCUCGUCGACGCUUCGACUUGUUCCUGCGAGAGGCCGCGAGCCAGAAGAUCCAGAAGACGACGGCUUGGAAUGUCGAGUUCUCGCGUUGCCUUCUACUCGCGAAAGACGGAGGGACUUCCGUCCAAGAGAUCUGCAGCCAAGAGACUUCCACGAGUUGCAUGGAAGGCCAGCCUCGCGUCAGCACAGAGACGCCUUAGGCAUCUCCACUUCUCGCCAUUUUACUGACAUCCUGGAGGAAGCGAGUGGUUUCGGAAGCUCGGCGACGGGUAUCGAUGGUGAGCGCGGCAACGACUGGGCCGUCGUUAGGUUGGGUGCAGAAGGUAGCUACGAGCCACACUCAAUUGCCCACGGUCUCUCCGAUGGUUUCUGUUGCGUGCGAAGAGGCCUCGUGUCUGCUCGGCAAGUCGCAGAGCGGCUGUGCCCGCCUCCAUCCUUUGUUUUUUCUUCGUUAGCUGCAUUUCGCGGAGAAGACGGUCCAGAGAGACCGCGAGGCAUGCAGCCCGAAGGUCGAGGAGUCAUGUCAGCUGUCGUGGUGGGGACGGAGUGCGUUCAAGUGCUCGCUCGACUCCUCCCCAUUUUCAUUUUGAGACCCAUGCUCGGAUUCACGGAGGGCAUUACCCGGACACUGCAAGGCACACGCAAUCAGUUGGUUCCUCGUCUGCGAGAGGAGCGCUUGGCCAAGCUUCGCGAGCCGUCUUGCCGCGUUCAGCGUUUCACUGAAGACGAAGAGGAAGGCCCUACCCCUCUGUAAAUUUAGGGAAGAACGGGACGACAAGGUUAACACAAGCAGAGAAAACGCUGCACGGAGAGCGAACUCGACUUACUCGACUCUCCAAAGAAUACGCAGCAGCAGCAGAGAGAAGGUCGUGUAACAACAGCUCGACCCCUGUGUAAAACUAGUCAAAUGGAAGAUACAGACGAGACUGCAGGAAUUUCGGAGACAACUUGAAACAUAAUACAGCAUAUCUAUUGGGGUGUUUGACAACGCGUCCCCUGUCGACGUCGUUCACUUGCCUCCACGAGGGCAAUCG